AACGAAAAGGAGAAACACAGAGAAAAAAGCCUUGGGAUUUCCCGACCACAAUAAAUGGACGGACGAUGUCGCCGGUGGAUGAUCCUCGUGGUGGCGAUUUGGCUCCAGGCGCUCACCGGCACCAACUUCGAUUUCUCCUCCUACUCCUCGGAGCUGAAGGCGGCGUUGAAAAUCACGCAGGUGCAGCUGAAUUACCUCGCCGUUGCUUCAGAUCUUGGUAAGGCGUUCGGAUGGUCCUCCGGUCUUGCUCUUCUCUAUUUUCCUCUGCCUGCUGUACUGUUUCUUGCUGCCGGACUCGGCUCCCUCGGCUAUGGUUUGCAGUGGACUCUCAUAACCGGAUGGAUCUCCAUUCCAUAUGCCCUGGUGUUUGUGCUGUGCUUGUCGGCCGGCCUAAGCAUAUGCUGGUUCAACACGUUAUGCUUCGUCCUCUGCAUCCAGAACUUCACCACAGACCGUUCCCUCGCCCUCUCCCUCACCGUCAGCUUCAACGGCCUCAGCGCCGCCUUAUAUGGCCUCGCUGCUAACGCCAUCAACGGGCCCCCUUCCUCCUACCUCCUCCUCAACGCCGCAAUCCCCUUCUUCGCCUCUGUUUUUGCUCUCAUACCCAUCCUCCACCGGCCGCCUCCCCAACCCCCACAAGCCUCCUCAGACAGAAACGUCUUUCUCGUCCUCAAUACCCUCGCUUUCCUCACCGGCCUUUACCUCCUCUUCCACAACCCCAACUCCCCCAACCCUUUUAUCUCUGCCCUAAUCCUCUCCGGCGCAGUAAUCCUCCUAGCCUUUCCGCUUGUCGUUGUUGCGAUAGAAUGGGCUCAUUGCUCCAAUGAUUCCGAUGGCUUGGUCCUAUACGACUUGCAGAAGGCACUGAUUGUCGGAGAGGUCGUACAAGAGGACGUUGAAAGUACUGCCAAUGGGUGGCUGUGCUACUUCAAUGAGGUGACGACGAAAGACAGGAUUACAGUACUGGGGGAGGAGCACGGGGCGAGGAGACUUGUCCGCCGGCUAGAUUUCUGGCUGUACUACAUCUCUUAUUUCUGCGGCGGGACGGUUGGUCUCGUUUACAGCAACAACCUGGGUCAGAUCGCCCAGUCUUUGGGGCAGCGAUCGCAGACCACCUUUCUCGUCAACGUCUACUCCUCAUGCUCCUUCUUCGGCCGCCUCCUCUCCGCCGCUCCCGACUUUUUCCCCGGGAAGAUAAGGUUCGCCAGAACCGGCUGGCUAGCCGCAGCACUCGUCCCAAUGCCGCUGGUUUUCUACAAGAUGUCCAAGGAAGAAGACGGGCAAACUCUUGUCGUCGGAACAGCACUGAUUGGUCUGAGCUCCGGAUUCAUCUUCGCGGCGGCUGUGUCCGUAACAUCGGAACUCUUUGGGCCUUCGAGCUUUGCAGUGAACCACAACAUCGUCAUAACAAACAUUCCGUUGGGCUCCCUCAUCUACGGAUUGCUGGCCGCGCUUGUCUACGACGCCAACGGUAGUGUUGGCGUGCAGCGGCUAUGCAAGGCUGCGGCGACGCUGCUUCGCGAUGGCGUGGUGGUUUGCAUGGGUCCGCGGUGCUAUGGAAAGACCUUUCUCGGCUGGGGAUGUAUUUCGAUGCUUGGUCUUGCUUGCGGCGUUGCGCUUUACUUGAGGACGAGGGCGGCGUAUAGAUCCGCGGAUGAAAGUGGUGGCUAGAGGUUUGUGCGAACGUUAUUGGCUCUC